AUGGAGAGUAAGGGAAGCCUGAGCAAAGUAGUCUUGUCUUUUAUUUUCAGGCUCAUGCUAUGCUCACCUUGUCCAACCCAUCAAAAACAGUCCCUUCUCCGCUUCAAGUCCUCCUUUGUCGAUGCCUACAACACCUCAGACCCAUCACUUUUGGACUUGGGGUCUUGGGACUCCACUUCUGAUAGCUGUGCAUGGAAUAGAGUUGUUUGCGGUUCCUAUUCACGUAGCAUAGUAGCUCUAAACCUUAGCAAUAUUUAUACUCCACUACAACACUAUAAUAUCAAUCCAAAUAUCUUAGACCCCAUUUAUAGCAUCACAUCUUUAUCGCUUCUUAAUAUCUCUUAUAACUUUAUAGUAGGGGAAAUUUCGGGCAAAGGAUUGGCUAAUCUCACGAAACUAGUUCACCUUGACAUGAGUUUGAAUGAUUUUAAUGGCACAAUUCCAGCACAAGUUUUCCAGUUAAAGAAUCUGCAAUUUCUUGAUUUAUCUUAUAAUUCACUGAAGGGUGGUUUAAGUAGUGUAGUUGGCAAGCUUGGAAAUUUGAGGACUCGAAAGUUGGAAGAGAAUGUGCUUGAUGGAUAUGUUCCUGUGCAGAUUGGAAAUCUGACAAAGUCGCAACACUUUUCUAUCAAUCACAACAAAUUAUUGGGGCGUAUUCCAGAUUCAAUAGGGUAUUUGAAGGGAUUGGAAAGAUUAUACAUGAGCGAAAACAGUUUCAGUGGUUUAAUACCUCCAUCAAUAAGUAACUUGAUCAGGUUGGAAACACUUCUCUUGGAAAAUAAUAGGCUUUCUGGAGAAAUCCCUUCAAGUUUAUUUGACAUAGAGAGUCUCAAGAUCUUAAAUCUUGGAGGAAACACAUUAACUUGGAAUAACAAUGUCAAAAUAGUUCCCAAGUAUGAUAUGUAA